AUGUCUAAUGCACCACAACAGCCAAUAGACCUUCAUGCCCUGCAGAAAUAUUUUGCUCGUGUGCUACCCAUAAUCCGAGCUCCUCUAAAAGUAGAACAAUUUGAGGGGGGACAGUCUAACCCAACCUACAAGAUCACGGAUUCCGGUGGUGUACCCUACGUCUUACGGAAAAAGCCACCAGGAAAGCUCCUCUCCAGGGCUGUACAUCAGAUUGAGCGGGAAUAUAGAGUGCUCUCUGCUCUGCAGAAUACGAAUGUUCCGGUCCCUAGGACGUACUGUUUGUACGAAGAUGACGACAUUCUCGGGACACCAUUCUAUGUUAUGCAAUUCUUGGAUGGUCGAAUCUUCACCGACUCUACUAUGCCCGGAGUGAGUCCCGCAGAAAGGACAGCUUUGUGGAGAGAUGCUGUGCGCGUGUUGGGUAAAAUCCAUACCACCGAGACCCGCUCCAUCGGGCUGCAAAGUUUUGGUAAGCAAGGCGGGUAUUAUGACCGUCAGUUGUCGACAUUUACUACACAAUCACGAGCACAGGAAAAGGUGGAAGACCCCUUGACAAGAGCGCCGAUAGGAGAGUUACCGCAGCUCGCCGAGAUGAUCGAAUUUUUCUCACGCCACGAUCUUCGACCCCGAGAUCGACAUGCUAUGGUGCAUGGUGAUUACAAGAUUGAUAACCUCAUAUUCCAUCCCACAGAAUCACGAGUAAUCGCGGUCCUUGAUUGGGAAAUGUCUACACUGGGCCAUCCGCUUUCGGACUUUUGCAACCUCACACAUCCAUAUUUCUGGAGUCUUCUAAACCAAGACGUGGCAGGGUUUCGCUCCGGGAAGGUGCUGGGAUUACCUAGUCGCGCGCAGUGCGUGCAGUGGUAUGCGGAGGCUGCAGGCUGGGAUCCAGAACCAGACCUUUCGUGGGGUGAUGCAUUCUUCGCAUUCCGAACCACCGUUAUCUUGCAGAGCGUGGCCGCCAGGCAUGUCCAGCGGCAGACCACCAGCCCUGACUCGGCAAAAUAUGCUUUGAAGGUGAAGCCUGCAGCGAAGGAUACUUGGGAACUAGUUAGGAAAGCCAAGGUUGAAUCUAAGAAGGGAAGAUUGUGA